AUGGAUUUGUCGAAUCUCUCGACCAACCUUCCGUCGGAACACCCAAUUAAUGACGACACAAUGCAGACGAUAAACGAGUCUUUGAAUGAUGAAUUCAAGUCCGCUGCCAAAUCUGUGGCGGCGUUGUAUCGACUUUCGAACACCAAGAGUAACCUACUGAAGCAAAUUGGCUAUAAAGUUUGCGUGGAUGAACUUUUGGACUUUUUGCAAGACGAUUCGAAAACAGUUUUGGACAUCAAACAAUGGCUGAAAGGGAAAAAACAUGAUUUGGAAGGUACAACUGAACAUGAUCUUCAGAAUAUACAGGUACAAACACGAAACCCAACCGAACAGAAUGACUUAACAGUACAAGGACAACCAACGAAUUUUACUGAUAUUGGACAACUUCCUGAAAGGUUUGAGUUCAACGUUUCUCAUCCUUCACCCCACAGAUUUCCACCCAGCAUGAUAGCUCCUUCUUUAAGAAGAGUUACAAAUAAACUAUGUCUUACUGCAUCUACAAACACUCCUACUACUUCAGGUGCCCAUCAAACCUCAUUAGCAUCUACCAUAGCAACUAGCUCGUCAACCAUGGCAGAGUCUGACCUUGAAUCCGAGCACGAUACAGCAACUCCACUUGCACAAUAUAAGAGGAUUCGUUUUUGGGAGAACCACGACCAGAAGCGUCAGAAGAAAGAAGAAUUGUGCAUCCACAAAGUCGUGCGAAACCAAUAG